UGACCCUAUUCCUCAGUUCAACCAAGCCUAUCCUCCUCCUCCUCCUCCUCCUCCUCCCAAUCCAUCUCUAGAAAAACCCUAACCCUAAUCUCUAAUCAUUUCGAUCUCAUAAAAAUAUCGAGAAAAUAGCUUAAAAUAUGGCGUUCUGCCUCCAUUCGAUCUCUUCCUCGCCUUUACACGCUCCGAGCAACGAUCACAAACCUGCUCUGAGCUGCUCGACGAAAGUUUUUGUGGGUCUAAAGCCCCAGUCAGCUGGUGCCUUUGGUAUUGGCAAGCCCAAUGUAAAUGUUGAUUUUCACAGCAGGGUUCAUAAAAGCCUCUCAAUAAGGGUUUCUAAUGCGAACCCAACACGUGCAAGAAUAUCUAUGAUGCCCAUUGGUACGCCAAGAGUACCAUAUCGAACUCCUGGUGAAGGAACUUGGCAGUGGGUCGACCUUUGGAAUGCUCUUUAUCGUGAGCGUGUUAUCUUCAUUGGACAACAUAUAGAUGAGGAAUUUAGCAACCAAGUAUUAGCGACAAUGUUGUACCUCGAUAGCAUCGAGUCAUCAAAACGGCUACAUUUAUACAUCAAUGGUCCAGGUGGUGAUCUUACACCAAGUAUGUCCAUAUAUGACACCAUGCAAAGCUUGAAAAGUCCUGUUGCUACCAACUGCGUGGGCUAUGCCUAUAACUUAGCAGGAUUUCUUCUUGCUGCUGGAGAGAAGGGUAGCCGUGUUGCCAUGCCUCUCUGUAGAAUUGCACUUCAGUCACCAGCCGGAGCUGCUCGUGGCCAGGCUGAUGAUAUUCAAAAUGAAGCAAAUGAGCUCCUUCGAAUCAGAGACUAUCUGUUUGGGGAAUUGGCCAAGAAGACUGGGCAACCUGUUGAAAAGAUCCACAAAGACUUGAGUCGAAUGAAGAGGUUCAAUGCGCAGGAAGCCCUGGAGUAUGGGCUAAUUGAUCGGGUCCUAAGACCAGCCAGAAUCAAGGCUGAUGCACCUCGCAAGGAAGUAGCAGGGACAGGCCUUGAUUAAGUUUGUGUGAU